AACUGAAAAAGCACAAAUCCUAUUCGGAAGUUGCUUUUCCGAAUGGGAGCUGAGGGCUGGGAUCGAACGGUUGUGGAGUAUAUUUUUGGUAGAUCGGACGGUUGGGGAAUCUUCACUCCGUAUAUAUAACGAUUCGCUACGUCCAAAAUCCAAAUCACAAUCCAAAUUCAACAACUCCUCCAAAUCAGACGAUCCGACGGCCACGCUAAUUCCAAAAUAUCUCGAUUCCAAUUGUUCAAUUUUCAGAUUUAAAAUGGCCGACCGCACUCCACGCCCUGGCCCCGUGGAUCGUUCAGUACUAACCUUGCCUCCGUAUACGCAUCGUGCCGAACGUGUGUGGCAUGACCCGUCGUUUAAUGACAUAUUGAAGUGCAUCAAUUGCCCCCGUGAUGCAUACGAUGCGGGUGGGCAGCGAAAUCCGAGAGUGUUGGUGCUGAUACGCGAUGCAGGUUUUCUGGGCGUAGAGCGGAUUGGCAACAUGAGGUUGGACCACUUCUUAAUAACAUCUCUAGUGGAGAGAUGGAGACCGGAAACACAUACUUUUCAUCUUCCCUUUGGUGAGGUUGGGAUCAGUUUACAAGAUGUAGCGAUCCUAUUGGGUUUGUCCAUCGAUGGUAUGCCCCUGAGUGGUCCAACCGCAAACACAAAUGCUGCUUGGAUACAUAUGUGCACAGAGUUGGCAGGUUUCACUCCUCAUGAGAGUGAUUUGGAGCGCGGUGUCGAAAUUAAGUGUCGUGCUAUUACGUGUACCCCGAUCCGCCCUGAAAGUACCGAAGAAGAGGUCACCCAACACGCUAGAGUCGUGGUGUGGCAGUUGCUUGGCGGUCUUUUGUUCCCUAACACAAGUGGGGAUAAAAUACGACUGUAUUUCUUAGAGAUUUUGAAUGGGGACUUAGCGGAUGCCCGUCGAUGGAGUUGGGGAUCGGCGGUGCUCGGGUUCCUCUAUCACUACUUGUGUAAGGGCAGCAAGUGGAAUGCGAGGCAAAUUGGUGGUUGUCUACACUUGCUACAGCUUUGGGCUUGGGAGAGGCUUCCUAUGUUGCGUCCCCAACUUCUUCGGCCCAUCAACCUUGGACAUCUUCCGUAUGGGUGUAGAUGGAUCGGACCCCAUUCAUUUUCGGAGGGGGGAAGACAUGCGUUGCCCAUUUUACGAGACCUCUUAGACCGCAUGAGGGAGAGUCAAUUUGUAUGGACCCCCUAUCCAUUGGGUAAUCUCCCUGAAGACAUCAGAAAUCAAUCCAGGCUUUGGUUUGCCGAGGUUAUGCUCAUUUUUUGCGAUUAUGCGGAGAGGCAUUACCCCGAUCGGUUUUGUCGACACUUCUUUGCCAUUCAGAGAGAGCCGAAACCCACUCUCCAAGGUACAUGCCAUCACACUAUUAGCUCCCGCGCUAGCGCAACUUCCUUAGCAUUGUGGGCGGAACGAGAUAUGCAUUUAUACGAACCUACAUGGCCCCCGCUUGACGGGCGGAAUGUGGCUGAUGGGCAUCGUACGUGGUACGCGCGGACCGGUUGGAAACGUGUCGUGAAUCCUUCGCACGCUACACCCAGGACAGGCUACACCCCUGCGAUACGUGAGUUGGGUGUUACGUUGCAAUGCAUUCAUGAUACCUAUCAGCUCGCUGAUAAUUUGGCCGAUCAUGAGGAUAUUAAAGAUCGGCUAUCACAAUGCGUUAUAGCAUUAGAUGUAGAAGAGGUGCUCCACCAAGGCAUCUUCCAUUACCCAGAUGCUGACUAUGAGCCCGAUCCCAUGCCUCCUCCAAGGCAAGAUCAUCGCGGUUACGUUGUGCCGCAUAUAGAGACAGCUGCUGCGGGAGAUGAAGAUGAAUAUGAAGAAUAUGAAGAAGAUGAGGACGAGAAUGAUAACUAAUCACUUUAUGUAUUAGUAUGUGUUUGUACGUAUACUAGUAAGAAAUUUUAAAUGGGUCUGAAUCCUGAACGGAUCGGAUGAGAUCAUAUGUACCAUAUCCGAUCUGUUUAUUAAAAUACUAAGACGUCCACUUCAUAUUUUUUUUUGAAAGGGAUCUAAUUUAUUUAUUAAUUAAAAAUAAUUUCAUAUUAAUUUAAA